AUGGCCGACGGCCCGGAUCUCCGAACGAACGCCAUUACAAGUUACGACGGUAUCUUCAAGAGCAUUCACGACCCAGAAAUCCGGAAAGACUUUCUCAAAGUGAGGAAACUCCUAUCAUCUGGUAAAUGGGGUGUUGGGAAAAUUCUUCUCCAAGACACGUUGAUUAAAUCUUCAUUCAAACCAUUUGACAGGAAAUGUCUGACUUUAAUUCUAAACGAACUCCAAAGAUACGAGGACAACAAAAUUUCGCCCAAUACUGCUCCAGCCAGGAUGAUUGCUUGGGACACUGUCGUGGAGAGAGACUUAACUCGUAUCAUAGAAAGGUUCUGUGAAUUUCCUCAAAGUGUGUUUUUCCUUGACGUUGGGAGAUCUGGUUUAUCGAGUUCGCGGAGAUUAGUUGGAAGGAAAAUUCUGUCGGAUUAUUGGAUUGCCGGGAAGAUUCCAGAACUCCAUUGCAGUUUGGUGACUGCAGAUAUGCUGCUAGGUCUAUACUGUGAUGAACGCAUUACAGAAAACGAAGUACAUGUUCAUUAUUACCCUUUAAAUAAUGCAGAGAAACUGAAACUGUUUUCUGAUAUCAUGGCAGGCGAUUCUUCUUAUGUUGAGAUAAUCUGUCCAUUUCCACUCCUCAGGGAAUCCGAUAGCAAGGAACUAUGUUCUCCCGCAGAGGGAUGGGAGGUUGAUGACGCGUAUGAUGUCAUGCUCAGCUGUGGGGAGGAACGACUCAAGCAGUACACUAUUCAAUUCCUAGAGACUAUUGACAUGACAACAGGAAGGUUCUAUGACCCGGCAUGCUCCACGGGGAUGUUCCUUUCCACUCUGAAGGAAGCAUUCCCGGAAAGUUAUACAAUUGGCCAGGAUCUUAGUCAACAAAUGGCUGACUUCUCUAAAGAAAGGGUUGAUGAAGUGUAUUGUGGAAACGCCAUGCUCCCUAAAAUACUAACCGGAACUGCUGAUGCUUGUUUCAUCCGUUUCCUGAACUCGGAAGUCGUCACUUCCGCUGAAGCAGAGGUCUUACUGUCCGCGUUACUUCCGACAGUACGUGAGAAAGGCUUCAUCGUCAUUUUUGGCCACACUCCUGUUCUCCUCUCAUCGUCGAACUUUAGAAGGUUGUCGAACUUUAGAUUGAUACAGUCGGUAGGUGUCUCCACCGAUAAAACAGGCAUAUUUCAGUAUUACAUCAUUCAACGCGAUAUUUGA